AACUAAUGAUGUACUGUAUGGUGACUAACAUAACAUAAUAAAAUAAAAUAAAAUUUUAAAAAAUUAAAUAAAUAAAUCUUUAAAAAAAAAAAGACAAAAAGAGAAUCUUGAAAGCAGUAUGAAAGAAGCAAACCAUCACAUACAAGGAAUUCCCAAUAAGGUUCUAUGCAGAUUUUUCAUUAGAAAUAGUGGAGACCAGAAGGCAGUGUGCUGAUACAAAGUGCUCAAAUGAACAAACACCCAUGUCAGCCAAGAAUCCCAUAUCCAGCAAACUGUCCUUCAAAAAUAUGGGUAAAAUCAAGAUAUUCCCAGACAAACAAAAGCUUAGAGAGUAUGUGUCCCACUAGACCUUUCCUGCAAGAACUGUUCAAGGGAGUCCUGCAGGUAAAAGAAGAGGGUACAAUAACUCGAAACUACAUGGGGAAAUAAAGAUCUCAAGAACGGUGAGAAUACAGGCAAUUAUAAAGGCAAAUAUUAUUGUAGCAAUGGUUUGUAACUGCACUUUUUGUUCUCUACAUGACUUAAAAGAAUAAUAUAUAAAACCUAGUAUUGUUGUAAUUUUGGUUUGUAACUCCAAAUCUUGUUUUCUACAUGAAGAGGCUGGGUGCAUUUAAAAGAACUAUUCGUUUACAUUUUUAGUCACAGACCGUAUAAAGAUGUAAUUGUGUGAAAUCAGCAAACAAAAGGGGUGGGGACAGAGCUAUAAAGGAGCACAACCUUUGUAUGUUAUUGAACUUAAGUUGGUAUAAAAUCAAAUUAGAGUGUUAUAUCUUUAGAAUGUUAAAUGUAAUUCCCAUGGUAACCGCAAAGAAAACAGCUAUAGAAUAUGCACAAAAGGAAAAGAGAAAUUUAAACAUUUCCCUACAAACACCAACUAAACACAAUAGAAGACAGUAAUGUAGGAAAUGAGGGACAAAAAAUAUAUAUAUAUAAGGCACACAAAAAAUUGAACAAUGACAGAAGUUAAGUCCCUUCUUUUCAGUAAUUACUUCAAGUAUCAACGGAUUAAACUCAACCAUCAAAAGACAGAUUGGCACAAUGGAUAAAAAUACAUGAUCCAACUAUAUACUGUCUACAUGCUGAGACCCACUUUAGAUCCAAAGACACAAAGAAGUUGCAAGUGAAAGUACAGGAAGAGCUAUUCCAUGAGAAUAGUAAGCAAAAGUGAGCAGGUGUGGCUACACUAAUAUCAGCAAAUUAAAUGUGAAACCAAAAAAGGUUAUGAGAGACAUUAUAUAUUAAUUAAAUGUUCAAUAAGGCAGGAAGAUAGGAUUAUAAACAACUGUGCAUCUAAUGAAAACCUGUAAAAAUAUACGAAGCAAAAACUGAUAGAACUUAAGGGAGAAAUAGCUCAAGAGUAAUAGAGACCUUAAUAUUCCACUCACAAUUAUGGCUAGAACAACCAGACAGAAGUAAGCAAAGAGAAAACUUGGCAAAAUAAGCCAACUAGAUCUAACAGACAUGCAGAACAUUCCACCCAAAAACAGCAUACACAUUCUUCUCAAGUGCACACGGGACAUUUCCCAGGACAGACCUUAUGUUACAAAUGAAGCUCCAACAGAUCAUCAUACAAAGUAUCUACUCCAACCACCAUGAGAUAAAGAGAGAAAUCAAUAACAGAAAAUUCACAGAACUGUGGAAAUUCAACAACUUUUAAACAACCAAUGGAUUACAAAGAAAUCACAAAGGAAAUUAAAAGAAACUUAGAGACAAAUGAUAAAAAACUUGGGAGGGCGCCAGCUUUGGCCUUAGCCAGCGAGCGGCGGAGGAUGGAAAGCAGCGACGAGGCGGCGGUCGAGAAGUGCCGCGUCCACUUGCGCCCCGGCACGCUGCACCUUCUGCCCUGCGAGGUUCUGGUUAACGGGCCCGCCCCGGUGGAGCGCUUCUUCACCCCAGCCAUCCGGCAGGGUACCGAUGGACUCGAAGUGUCGUUUCGGGGCCGCAGACUACGGGGCGAGGAGGUGGUGGUGCCGCCCGGCCUCGAGGGAUACGUGAUGGUGAUGGAAGAGAAGGGAGAGGUGCUGGGGAAGGACUUCUCGGAGGGUUCGUCGAACCUGCGAGAGGAGCAGGAGCUGGCGGCACCCCCAGAGGCGCUGGAGCGGGACUUUGACCGAUUUAUCGGAACCACCGCCAGUUUCAGCCGCUUCACGCUGUGGGGCCUGGAGACCAUCCCCGGUCCGGAUGCCAAAGUGCGCGGGGCCCUCACCUGGCCCGGUCUGGCUGCAGCGAUUCACGCACAGGUGCCUGAGGACUGAGAACUGGAACUUGACAUUGAAAGCCACCGGUCCCUCCACCCCAAUAAACCAGCUCUUCCUUCUGGAACCACUGACUGAUUCCAUCACCCCCCAAUAAACACGCUCUUCACAGCAAAAAAAAAAAAAAAAAAAAAAAAA